UCUUUCCUCGUAGUUUCCCUCACCAAACUUGACCUAAAAAGGCUAAAAUUGACUGGGGUCAAUAUCCCGACUUGGAAGUUUGCAUGGAGCUCUAAUGCUACCUAUAUUUUCCAAAACCCUGUUGUUAGAAUUGAAAGACGAUCAAAUUUCAGUGGAAUCAGUCCCAUAGCUUUGCCUAAAUCAAUGGUGGAGACAGAGACAGAGAGGGAGAGGGAGAGGGAGAAGGUAAGAUCACAAACCAAUUUUGCUGGAAUUGCAGUUUCAAUCUCGCUCCUCGUUCUUCUCCUCGGCCUUUCCUUCAGCUCCAAACCCUUCCCAUCUUCUCCAUCGAGGUUGUUUACUGCUCAAGAGCUGGCUCUACAUAAUGGAGCCAAUGAUUCCUUGCCCAUCCUUUUGGCAAUUCUCGGGUCUGUUUUUGAUGUAACCAAAGGAAAAUCUCAUUACGGCUUGGGAGGCGGCUACAAUCAUUUUUCUGGAAGGGAUGCUUCGCGUGCAUUUGUUUCAGGAAAUUUUUCAGGAGAUGGACUUACUGACUCAUUGCGUGGUUUAUCGAGCACUGAGGUGAAGAGUGUUGUUGAAUGGCGGGAUUUCUACUUCAGAAGCUAUACAUUUGUUGGUAAGCUAGUGGGUCUUUACUACGAUAGUCAUGGUAAUCCCAGAAAACAAUUGAAAGGAGUUGAAGCCAAGGCUGCUAGGGGUGCACAGCUUUUGGAGAAGCAAAAGAGUGAAGAAGCAAAGCUGCCUAGUUGCAAUUCAAGAUGGAGUCAGGAUGAAGGUGGAAAGGUUUGGUGUGACAAUGGCUAUCCAAGACUAAUUCAAAGGCCUCUAGAAAUUGCUUUGACCGGGAAAAUGAGCAAGCGAUGUGCUUGCUUUAAAGAAGAUCAACUGGGCCAGCAAGGGUUGGAAGUCUACCAAGGAUGUGAUUAUCAUGCCAAGGUUUGCCAAGUUUAAGUUUUUACUAAAUGUGUUAUACUUCAGCUAAUGUUGGAAAAGCACCAAAAAAGAAAAAAAAAAAAAAAAAGGCAACAAAGCUCUAUAAAGCCUAUGUGUGUAUUUAAUGGAUGGAAAUGGAAUACUUCAUCUUUUUUUGCCUUCUGCAGUAGGGUAUUACUCAUCCACUACACUCACUAUCAAUUUUAUUUUGUUUGAAAUGAUACAUUUACUUAUGAUUAUCAUUGGCCGUAGAGUAGUAUAUGAAUCAAAAUUUAUGAGCCUAA